GCGCGCUGGACGCCCCGUCUUUUCGGUCCCGGCGGCGGCAGGGCUGAGCCAGCGGCGCCCACCCUCCGUUUCUCUGCGCCCGCACCCCGCACUCCGCCUGCCUCGCCGCCCGACCCGCCACCAUGACGGAACAGGCCAUCUCUUUCGCGAAGGACUUCCUGGCCGGAGGCAUCGCCGCCGCCAUCUCCAAGACGGCCGUGGCCCCGAUCGAGCGGGUUAAGCUGCUGUUGCAGGUGCAGCACGCCAGCAAGCAGAUCGCCGCCGACAAGCAGUACAAAGGCAUCGUGGACUGCAUCGUGCGCAUCCCCAAGGAGCAGGGCGUGCUGUCUUUCUGGAGGGGCAACCUGGCCAACGUCAUCCGCUACUUCCCCACGCAAGCGCUCAACUUCGCCUUCAAGGACAAGUACAAGCAGAUCUUCCUGGGCGGCGUGGACAAGCGCACGCAGUUCUGGCGCUACUUCGCCGGCAACCUGGCGUCGGGCGGCGCGGCCGGAGCCACGUCCCUGUGCUUCGUGUACCCCCUGGAUUUCGCCAGGACCCGUCUGGCCGCCGACGUGGGCAAGUCCGGCACCGAGCGGGAGUUCAAGGGCCUGGGGGACUGUCUGGUGAAGAUCACCAAGUCCGACGGCAUCCGCGGCCUGUACCAGGGCUUCAACGUGUCGGUGCAGGGCAUCAUCAUCUACCGGGCGGCCUAUUUCGGCGUGUACGACACAGCUAAAGGCAUGCUCCCGGACCCCAAGAACACCCACAUCGUGGUGAGCUGGAUGAUCGCGCAGACGGUGACGGCCGUGGCCGGCGUGGUGUCCUACCCCUUCGACACCGUGCGGCGGCGGAUGAUGAUGCAGUCCGGGCGCAAAGGAGCCGACAUCAUGUACAAGGGGACCGUCGACUGCUGGCGGAAAAUCUUCAAAGACGAAGGCGGCAAGGCCUUCUUCAAGGGCGCCUGGUCCAACGUCCUGCGGGGCAUGGGCGGCGCCUUCGUGCUCGUGAUCUACGACGAGCUCAAGAAGGUCAUCUAGAAGGUCAUCUAGGCGCGUAGCCGCGGGACCCUGGGGACCACGUAUUUGUAACUGUUACGGACCAUUGAUCUUCGAGAAAUUCCAGUGUCCUGGUCGCGGCCGGAUCGUGCGUAGCGGGCUGGGGAAGGUUCUAAAGGGGCUCGCGGUGGCCCCAGGUCCCGCGUGUUGGGGGGAGGGGAGUCAGGAUGCCUUCGGGGCGCGCAGCAGGCAGCUCUCGGCGCACACCUUAGAGCCCAGGUGCUGUGGGACCUUAGUCGUGUUUAAGUAUUUAUUUAAAAAAGAAUCAUGUCUCCAUUUGUACUUAAGCACUAUUCUCUUUUGCACAGCCGAAUAUUUGCAAUUAUGUUUCAUGUCGGGCAUUCUGCAAAACCAUAAAAAACGGGACACACAG